AUGCCUACUAUGGUCGCCAAAUCCUCUUCCACCGUCCCUCCCGCCCCGGAAGACGUCGCCUCUCUCUGCAACACCAUCUUCACUGCAGAGACUUCGCAACAGUCCCUCGAUGCCGCCUACGCCCUGACCAACCUGCUUAUUCAGAGCGUCGGCUGCCUCGGCUUCCAGAAAUAUGAUAUCCUUCCUCAAAUCAAAAAGGCCGCGGCCGAUAAGAAGAAUGGCGCCCGUCGUGAGAGUGCCAUGCUGAUCCUGGGCGCCCUGUUCGAGCGCUUCCCCCGCGAACACCCCCUCAGUGAAGUCGUCUUUCUCCUCCAGGACGGUGGAGUUCUGCAUCUCGCCUUCGAGGCCCUCGCCGACAAGGGUGCUGUCGUCCGCGAAUCCGCCCAGUAUGCCAUCGAUGCCCUCUUCGCCAACCUGCGCCCCGAGGCCAUGGUGAACGCCCUCCUCCCCGCCGUGUCCGCCUACCUCAGUCAGGGCACCGGCAAGUGGCAGGGUUUCGUCGGAGCCUACUCCCUCAUCGAGAAGAUGGCCCUCAAGGCCCAGAUGGGCACCGGUUCCAUGGAGGAGGAGCGGGAGAAGGAUCUCCUCCGUGAAGGCAUGGGUAAGACCUUGAAGGAGCUGAUCCCUCUCGUCGAGUCCGGCAUGCACGAUCUCAAGAACGAGGUCGCCAAGAGAGCCAUCAAGGCCAUGAACGCCCUGACCACCCUCCUUUCCAACGACGACGUCGCCCCUCGCAUUCCCCUCCUGAUCGAAACCAUGGAGAAGCCGUCCGAACAGACCCUCCAGAAGGCCAUUCACGCCCUGUCCCAGACCACCUUUGUCGCCAUCGUCACCUCCCCCGUGCUCGCCUUGCUGACCCCGCUGCUCGAACGCUCCCUCAACUCCCCUACCACCCCCCAGGAGACCCUCCGUCGCACUGUCGUCGUUGUCGAGAACCUGACCAAGCUGGUGCACGACCCCUCUGAAGCCCGGACCUUCUUGCCCAAGCUCAAGCCCGGUGUGCAGGCCGUCAAGGACCGUGCCUCCCUCCCCGAGGUGCGUGAACUGGCCACCCGUGCCCUCGACGUCAUGGAGAAGGCCAUGAGCGACAGCAACAUUGCGGCUGGUUCCGUUGUCAAGACCUCCCCGGAGGAAGUCCUCGCCGUGCUGGAGCCUCAAAUCCAGCAGAACGGUGGUCUCGCCGUCCCUGAACUCCACACUCUUUUUGGUCUCGCCAAGAGCUACAUCUCCGAGAUGGUCCGCGAGGAUAUCAACACCCGCAUGCUCGACCGCAUUCCCGCCUGCGUCGGCCCUUACCUGCGGGGUUUACUGCUGGAGGACAAACAUGAGGCCGUUUCGGCCGCCGUACACUCCCACUUCGUGGAGGAGGACCACCGCAAGUACGGUCAACCCGUCCCCGAUGACCCGAACGAAGUCGAGAUUGUCAACGCCAACUUCUCCCUUGCCUACGGUGGUAUGCUGCUGCUCUCCCACACCAACCUCCGUCUGCUCAAGGGCCACCGGUAUGGUCUCUGCGGUCGGAACGGUGCCGGAAAGUCUACUUUGAUGCGCAGUAUCGCCAACGACAAGCUGGAGGGCUUCCCUCCCCAGGAUGUCGUGCGCACCUGCUUCGUGGAGCACAACCAGGGUGAAGACGCUGAUCUGAGCAUCCUCGAAUUCGUCUCGAAGGACCCGAAGAUCGCCGAGACUGGCAAAGAGCACAUUAGCAAGGUCCUGCUCGAGUUCGGCUUCACGGAUGGCCCCGACGGUCGCCAGUCGCAGCGCGUGGGCUCUCUUUCGGGUGGUUGGAAGAUGAAGCUGGCCUUGGCCCGUGCGAUGCUCAUGAAGGCUGACGUCCUUCUGCUGGACGAACCGACUAACCAUCUUGACGUCGCCAACGUGAAGUGGCUGCAGGAGUACCUCAAGAGCCACACCGACAUCACCAGCUUGAUCGUCAGUCACGACUCCGGCUUCCUCGACGAGGUCUGCACGGAUAUCUACCACUACGAACAGAAGAAGCUGGUGUGCUACAAGGGUAAUCUGGCCGACUUCGUCAAGGUGAAGCCGGAGGCGAAGAGCUACUACACCCUGUCCGCCUCCAACGUGCAGUUCAAGUUCCCUCCCCCGGGUAUUCUCGCCGGUAUCAAGUCCCAUACUCGUGCCAUCCUCCGCAUGACCAACUGCUCGUACACCUAUCCCGGCGCGAGCAAGCCUUCCCUGACCGAUGCGUCUCUGACCCUGACGUUGUCCUCCCGCGUCGCCAUCAUCGGUGGUAACGGUGCGGGUAAAUCGACCUUCAUCAAGAUGCUGACCGGCGAGACCAUCCCCCAGACGGGCAAGGUCGAGAAGCAUCCCAACCUGCGUAUUGGGUACAUCAAGCAGCACGCUCUGGAGCACGUCGAGAUGCAUCUGGAAAAGACCCCCAGCCAGUACCUGCAGUGGCGUUACGCCAACGGCGAUGACCGCGAAGUGUACCUCAAGCAGACUCGUAUCCUCACCGACGAGGAUAAGGCUCAGCUAGAGAAGCCGGUGGAUCUCGGUGAUGGCCGCGGGCCUCGUCGCAUCGAGGCUCUCAUGGGUCGUCAGAAGUACAAGAAGUCUUUCCAAUACGAAGUUAAAUGGGUCGGCCUUCUACCUAAGCACAACACCAUGAUCUCCCGCGAGACCUUGCUCAACCUCGGAUUCUUCAAGAUGGUCCAAGAGUUUGACGAUCACGAGGCAUCCCGUGAGGGUCUGGGCUUCCGCAACCUGGAUCCCAAGGAGAUCUCCAAGCACUUCGAGGACGUCGGUCUCGACCCUGAGAUCGCCAACCACAACCAGAUCUCCGGUCUGUCCGGUGGUCAGAAGGUCAAGGUCGUCCUGGCCGGUGCCAUGUGGAACAACCCCCACUUGCUGGUGCUGGACGAGCCGACUAACUUCUUGGACCGGGACUCCCUCGGUGGUCUGGCCGUGGCCAUCCGCGACUUCAAGGGCGGUGUGGUCAUGAUUUCCCACAACGAGGAGUUUGUCGGAGCGCUCUGCCCGGAGCAGUUGCACAUUGCCGACGGCAAGGUGGUCGGUCGGACCAACGCAGCCGUGUCGCUCGAUCGCUUCGAGGACAGCGCGGCCAACUCGCCCCAGGCGGGCACUCCGGCGGCCACCUCGGCGGCCACCAGCGCCGCGCCGUCCGCCGUCAACUCGGGCGCGGAGGACCAGGGCGAGCUCAAGUUCAAGGCGAGGAAGAAGAAGAAGCUGACCCGUGCGCAGCUCAAGGAGCGGGAGGCGCGUCGUCGUCUGCGUCAUCUGGAGUGGCUGCAGAGCCCUAAGGGAACUCCUCGCCCUCCGGACACUGAUGAUGAGGCGGAGUAA